UGACUUGUCAAUUUCUUAAUUUUCCGCUCCGACUGCCUCUGCAAGUAAGGUGGAGCAGUCAGCAGGGAGCAGGGAUUCGGGAGGAAGUGCAUUUUAGUUGAUUCCGUUUCUUGGCCAAUUUUACAUCCUCUUGCGGCUACUGAAUUAUGUUAUUUGUCGGGAAAGUGAAAGAAAGUAAUUUCUCGGCUCCUGCGGUUCGAUUUGGUUCGUUUCGUCGCUGCAUCAUUACGCUCCAUCAUCAGGGGUCCAUCACUCAUCCAUGCGAUGCCUUUUCCACGUCAACUGCGUGUCGUAAUUGUGCAAUUAAUAAGAGUUGCGAGAGCCGAUCCUCGGUUCAUGGGGAUAGCAUAGCCUCUUGGGUCUGCAGCUGUCCAACUGGUUUCCCCUUUGCAUACGGCUCGUAAUUUGCCAAUUUGUCAGCUGGACAUGCGUUUUAUUUGCAUUUCUUUCACUUUGAUGCGAUUUGAUUUGCAAAUUAAAGGAAACGAACAAUUUGGCAUCGGAAGAGCACGAUUGCAAGAUCAAUAGAAAAAGAUUGUAGAGAUGGGCUAAGAUUCAAAGAGGAAGUGAUUGUUUAUCAAACUAGGAUUUGGGACUUAGGUUGGUCAUCAAACAGUUCAAAUAAGUUGACCGGCGUGACCAUUAGCAUCUCGAGAGCCGCUGACCUUUGGCAAACCAAUUAGACGCCCACAUCCAUGGAUGAUGGGACGUUGUCAUGAUGAUGGUAGUGACUUUCGCUUUCCCAGGCAGCUCGUUCGCUGACUGACUGACUCGCAGGCAAAUCAAAUAAAAUGAAACCCAAAUUACAGAGUCGUAAACAUUUCCUCGCAUUAUCGGCAGCUAUCAAUCUUAACUGGAGGCAAGUGAAACCAUAAAUUCAAAUUUGGACUGAAGGAGAGCCAGCAAUUUGACCGCCCCACUGUGUGGGGAGAGUUUGGAGAAACCUUUUGGCCAUAAAAGCUCAACACUAAAUGCUGUCUUUGUUCGGGUUCGAUUUUAUUGACUUGGAAAAAGGCUGCCCCUUGAGUGUGUCAAAGCCAUGUGGGGAAUGCCUUCGAACAUACACUUGACCCAUCAUCCGGCGGCAUCGAGUGGAAGAGGUUCCCUAUUUUCGGAGUGGAGCAUCGUUGACCCAGUUUCCCAGUGGGCUUCCUGGGAAUGGUGUUGAUGGCUAGCCAGCAAUUCAGAUAUAUUCCAACAUCAGUAUAUGAGGGUAAACAUGAGGAAUGCGUACAGUGAGGAAAUUUAACUUAAAGGUAAUUUCGAACCAUUACCUCAGCAGUGACAUUCCUCCAGCUAAUUGAGAACGGAAAUGUCUCGCGGCUGAAGUUGCCCAAUCGUUGGGCACUGGUGGCCAGAUACAAGUACGUCGGGCAUCCCACAUGGCUAUGGUUUGUAGAUGGCGAGGAAACUCGCCUCCACCGUUAGACGGCAGCCACAGCCAGACUGUGUGACAAUUUCGAGUUCCUCGAGCCCACAUACAGACAGCUUCGCAGCUCCAUCCACUCCUUCCAUCUCCGUCACGCACCAGCCAUAAAGCCAAACCAAGCCAAGUCAGGUGGCCAAAUGCAACUGGCCUGGCCAAUGGCCAAUAAAGAUUUAUGGCCAAUUCCAAAACGAGCCAGAAAGAGACUUUGUGUUUGAGCCAAACAUGUCAUUUUUAUUUUACUGCCCAAAAAUGGUUAUAAAUGCAACCAACCAGGCACAAUAACUCUUUUUUAUUUCGGAUUCUGCAGAGAUUUGUGCGUGACCAAAGUCGGGAAGACUGUGGGAUUCCUCCUUUUGCUCCGGCAUGCGGAUUCGCUGCGAAAGCGGUGAAAACAUCUCCACCGGCCGGGCUCCACACAAGGUCAUCUCAUAUAAGUCAUAUGCGACUUUUCUUUGCAAUGGAGUUUUCCGUAGCAGAUCCCUUCGGAGAAUGAUGCCGCCGCUGCCUAAUUAACAUUUUUCAUAAAAAUGUUGAUUUUUUGUUUCGGUUCGGACGUGAGAAAAUGCUGAAAUUUUGAUCAGCCCACAACCCCAAACAGGGUUCUUUCUUUCAUUGACACUGAUCGGAUGAUCAGCUCAGAAUGUGUUGAAGGAACAUUAAAAUGCAAGAAACGAGCUGCAAAACUCGAAAGAUUAUUAUCUUGUGUUUGCUACUGUUUCGGGUUUGGAAUUUAAACGAGAACAUAAAACAUGACUCUUUUCCGUGUAAGAUUUUUACACUUUCAGAAUCUGGAAUUACUCAUAGCUUGUGGAGGGAAUUCAAACUGCCGGCUAUCAAAAGGCAAUUAUAAUUGAGCAAACUGAACGACAGAAGGAAAGCAGAAUGCCUGGCGGCCGGACUUUAAUGGUCUGUCUUCGUUUGGCUGGCCCAACCCAUGAAAUGCCCCAAAUAUGUCAUAAAAAUUCAAAUCUCUGAUAUGCCUUGGAAAAGCUGUUCAUUUGGGUCACUUAAACCAAACAAACAAAGAGGAAAUUUCCAGCGAGAAAGGUUACGCGAAAUGGCCAGGAGAAGAGCGGUCGCCGGAAACCAAACCCAUAAAGACUAUGGAUAACCCCUGCUGGGUCUUGUUCCAUUUAAGGAUUGCACAACCGAUUGCUGUUUUUGGAGUUGACUUACUUUCAGGUGGUCUAGUUGCUCUCGAGACUUUCUGAGGGCACUUCAAAUGCGACUUGCCGACUCGGCACAGCUGCCCCGAUUCCCUGAUUAGAUAAUGGCGGGUCCAGAAUUCCUCCCCGCAGCUCUCGGGACCAUCCUCAUCGUCAUCGUCAUCUGCAGCUGCAGCUGUUUGCUUUUAUUUUGGCAUUUACAGAGCACUUUGUUGACUCGUGUUACGCGUCAAUUGGCACUUCAGGGGCUAAACAAACGCCAACCACUGAACUGGGAUAUUGGGGUGAAUUCCUUCUAACGCGAGAGUCCACUUCAGGUAGAAGUUCGUCGCCAUGGAACGAUCCUCUUCCACCGAAACUUCCUGGCGUAACGGCUUACUUAAUUAGGAAUCGAUUCAUUUUGAGGGGCGUGGCUCUGAUGCGGUGCGUGCCUGGCCCUCAAAAAUUUGAUGAAUUUGGCAUAUGCCGUUGCAGUAAUAUUUUAUUGGUCUAUGCCAACAUAUGGCCUUAAAUUGCAUUAUUUAAAAUGUUGCAUGCUAAGGGAAUGCAAAAUACGUUGGUCACGUUGGUAGAAUUUUAGACAUGGGUAAUAGUAAAUAUCUGUUUUUUUAUUAAGACAAAUCAAUAUGGUGCCAAAACCAUUUGAAACUAACUUCAAAGGCAUUUUUUUUUAAAUAUCCUUCUAUUUGCUGCUGUUCAGGGACUCACGGUCCUUUGCCUUGACACUGAACCGCCUUGAACUGUCCCCGUAUUUCCUAGACGUCGAUUGCGCAGGCGUGAAAAAACUUCCCAACUUUUCCCAGUUAUCCCUACUUUUCCUCAACAUUUUUCAACGCUUAUUGGGCUGCACUCGCAGUCUAGUUUUAUCUUCCGACGGCGACGUUUUUGCCAGCCGAAAUUUUCCGUUUUACAACCCAUUUUUGAUACUACUGCAUUUUUGCAAGAUGUGAUAAGAAGGGGAAAAGGUGGAUAGGGUAGACGAAGGUAAUCACGCCGCAGAGACACGGUGAUGUCUACAUCUUCAACUGCUCGCCAGGAUCAGCGACUGGACCUGGGGCGAACACGCCGCAACAGCAGAUCUACAGCAACCAAAGCAUCUACCAAAACCUAGCCAUGAUGUCCGGUUCCCAGCAGAACGGAAACGGAAAUGGAAACGGCAGUUCGGAGUUCGAGACCUACGACAUCCCCAAACCCGCCACACCCGUGCCGCUGAACUACGACAGCCCUAGAAGCGGUCCGCCAAGGACGCCCACCUCCAGCUCCAGCCUGGGCGCCCGCUUCGAGUCGCUAAAGAGCGUGGCCGCCUCCAUCGAGGAGGAGUCCUACGAUGUGCCACGACCUCUGAUCUCCGGCGGCAGCCUGCUCCAGCAGCAGAUGAACCAGAUGAUGACGCCGAGCAGCUCCGCCUCCUCGCUACUGACCAGCGACAGUCUGUCUCUGAGCUUCUCCAGCUCGAACCGCUCCUCGCUGGCCAACAUGCCCGACUACGACAUCCCGCGCCGCAACCCGCUGCCUGUGCGCCGCCAGCAGAGUGGGCUUGCCUACGACUUCCCGCUGCCACCGCUGCAGGAACAGGAGCAGCGCACUCUGCCCACUCCCGCCCCUGGCCCAGCCAAUCCCACUCCCAAAGAACUGCCACUGGAGCUGAGCUCUGCGCUGGAAACGUUGGCCAAGCUGCAGCUACAGACAACCGCCUCCAUCAGCCGGCUAUUAAGCUUCGUGGUGCCCAACUGGCGCACCCGCGCCCAGCUGGAGCCGGCCAUCAUGGAGCUGAAGCUGGCCGCCCUGCGCCUGCGAACAGCCCUGCACGACCUGGCCGAGUUCGGAGAGGGAGCCUUGGGCAAUGCCACGCGGUCUGAGGACCGCAACCUGGCCCUCAAGCUGCGCCCCUUGGUGAGGGCUCUGCGGGAUGCGAACAAGCUGAUCCACGACUCCUCCGAAUCCCUCGACGCCCAGGGCGGCUGGUCCGUGGACCAACUGGCCCGGAGCGACGACAAGCACGGCUGCCGUCCGCCGGACGCACUGGACCAGCUGAUGGCCUGUGCCCAGACGCUCACUGAGGACGUGCGCUGCACCACCAGCUUCAUCCAAGGCAACGCCUCGCUGCUGUUCAAGCGCCAACUGAGAUUGGAGGAGAACCAGAAUGGUGGAGCUGUCGAGGGGAGUCGGGGCAGCGUCGAGUGGCUGGAGGACUAUGACUACGUGGCCUUUGAGUCGAAGGAUGCGGCUGCCAGGAAGAACCAGGCGCUGCGUGAGGCUAUUCCCGUCGGUCUGAAGACGCAGUUCGACACGGUUAUCCGCACGGCCGAGAGCACGGCCAUGGGUGGCGCUUCCGCCGGAUCGGUGCCCACCACGCCCACGGCUCCCACUACUCCCACUACGCCUUGCAAGUCCCCGGAGAUGACCGACAAGGACAAGAAACUGGUACGCUACUACGCCCAGCAGAUCUCCACCCACAUGGGCAACCUGAUGCAGGCCAUCGACUCCUUUUUGGAGACGGUGGAGAAGAACCAGCCGCCCAAGUUCUUUAUUGCCUAUGGCAAGUUCGUGGUGGUAAGCGCCCACAACCUGGUGACCAUCGGCGACAACGUCCAUCGCAACAUCUCGAAGGAGGCGCUGCGCGAGAAGAUCCUGCGCUGCACCAACGCCCUCUCCGACGCCCUGAAGACCUGCGUCUCCAAGUCGAAAAAGGCGGCCGCGCACUUUCCCAGCGGCAGUGCCGUCCAGGAGAUGGUCAACUCGGUGGUCCACAUCAGCAGCCUGGCCCGGGAACUCAAGGCGGUCAUGCUGCAGGCGGUCCAGCUGUCGGCGGCGGCGGGAGUUGGCGCUUGAAGAGGUUUUCUUACCGAUCUGGAUCCGCCCGAUCUGUCCCAUGCCCAGUAUUAGCUGAGAGGCGUGCAGCCAAGUCUUCCAGCUUCGUCCGCGCUUUGGCAGAUGUACGACAUAUAUCUGAAAUUGGCAUAUCCCCAGCAGGCAGACUUUAUAUUUAGCAUUGUGAUAUUUUUAAGCAAAACAUCUGAAAAUGCACAGCACCGCAGCAAAGAUCGCUAGAUCGCCCGAUCCCCGACGAAACCAGAGUCAGUCGCCUAGUCUAAGUUUCGAUUCUGUAAAUAACAUGUUCAUCCUAUCGCCACACUAUUGUAAAUUAGCAUAUUUCCUUACUGCCCGCCAUGCGCACAAGCAAUGUUGUAUCAGUAAAGCAUUUCAGCGUAGUUUUGUAUACCAUAUAGGAUUAGUUGUACCACUUAACCAUAUUCUUAGAGUUAGGCACGCAUAAAUAGUACUUGCAUAGUCAGAAUCUGAAAGAUUUACACUCAACAUUUAGCAUUGCGCCGCGGCAACAAUAGUCAGCAUUAUACGAAAAUACACACAUACACAUAAAUCAUAAACUACCAAGUAAACUGUAUGUAACAAUAUGAAAACAUUAUAGCCACGAGACCAGACCGAGCGUAAACUAUUCACGUGGAAUAAAAUUACAAUAAACACAAACGUUUCGGCGUUUACAUAUUAAAUUGA